AUGGAAAGUUGUUGGUCUAAAUGGGUCAGUAUAAAUGGGGAAGCAACGGGCUACUUCGAGUCCUCAAGAGGGCUCCGCCAAGGUGAUCCUCUAUUGCCUAGUCUACUCAUCAUUGUUGCAGAAGCUUUAAAUAGAGGUUACAAAAAGCUCAUGGAAAUAGGGCCUGGGCGUCCGUUCCAUCUCAAGCAGGGGUGCCCAAUUAUCUCUCACCUACUUUUUGCGAAUGACACCCCACUUUUUCUAAAUAGGGGUCGUUCGUCGAUCAAAGCUACAAAGAUUUUUCUCAACUCCUUCCAAGAGGCCUCAAGGCAGAAAAUUAACCUCAUCAAGAGUUCCUUCUUGUGCUCGGAUAAGGUAUCAGAUAGCAAGAUCAGAAGCAUUGAGCAUUUGCUCAGAUUCCCUAGAGCCAGGGCUGGGUUUAAGCACUUGGGCGUGCCUAUCUCAAAGCUGUCCUGGAUGAUCUGGAAAAAAAAUUCUCCAACUUUCUUUGGGGCUGGGUUGACGGCAAAAGGAAGCACCAUUGGCUCAGCUAGAAGCAGAUUUGCAAGCCUAGAGGAGGGGGGACUAGGAAUCAGAGUCUUGAAGGAUGUCAUGAAGGUUUUCAGGUUGAAGUUGGCAUGGUCAGCAAACUUUAGGCAGAUAGUUAGCCAAUGGGCAGCAUUGAUGAGGGCGAAGUACCCACAGGACUUUUUGCCUGCUGGAAGGGCAGGGGCAUUGGUGAUUGCAUCUCCUUUAUGGAAAUUUGUCAGAGAGUUAUUCCCGUUAUUGGAAGAUAACAUCCAGUGGCAGAUUGGUAGUGGAGACAAGAGUUUGUGGGCUGAAAAUUGGACCAGGUUGGGGUCGCUGAACUUGCUGGCAGAAGCGCAAAUUCCUAAAGCUAUUGGUGGGCUUCUCGUGAAAGCUUUAUUGGGUAAGGAUAGGCCUCUUCCUCCUUCUUCUACCUUCAAUUUUCUGCAGCAAAUCGUGCUGGAUUUUAUUUUUCAAGGUGGUUUUGCGACGUCAGACGAUGUGGACUGA